CUAAAAAUGGCGGUAAAUACACAUCGAAGCUAACCACUUGAAGCUAACAAACUAAAUUUGAUCGGACGAAGUGUGGUCGUGAUGAAGCAACCAUGGCUGACCUAAAAGUGAAAUGUGUGAAGACGGACAAUGGGGCACCGACUGAUGCUCUAAAGGUAGUUUUUGAGUCACUAAAGGAGGCCGAGCUAGACCCAAUAUGGGUGAGUGAGAUGGACUGCAUGGCUGUGAACCAGAGAGAGAGGGAUUCUAUGUACAUCAUUGAUCCAUUUGAAGGCAGGGUUUUUGAACAUCUGAAGAAUGUGAACAACAGGUUAUAUGGUCCCCAGUGUCUGCUGGCAUGCUUGAAAAAUGCUGAGGCUGCCCCAAGAGCUAAGCAUCCAAUAUACACACUAGGCAUGAAGAACCUGGUGAUCAGUUGUACUGGAGUGGAGAAAAAUGAAAGGGAAAGACUCCAUAACCUAGUAGAGCUAAUGGGAGGGGAAGUGAGCAGAAAUUUCACCCAAAGUGUCACACAUCUGGUGGCUGGAGAAGUAGGUUCAAAAAAAUAUUUGGUUGCCGGUGGUUUAAGUGUUGCCAUCAUGUUGCCACAGUGGGUGGACAAAGUAUGGGAGAAGAGUAAACAAGAGUAUUGUCAUGGCUCCGACCCAGAGUUCCAGGCAUACAAGUGCCCCCUGUUUAAAGACCUGGUUAUCACUGUGUCAGGGAUCUCCAAUGAUGAGCGUGCAGAGGUGAAGCAAGUAGUAGAGGCCCAGGGAGGCAGAUAUACUGGUGAAAUGAAGAUUAAUGAUUGCACACAUCUCAUUGUAAAUGAGCCUAAAGGUCAAAAGUAUGAGUUUGCAGUAAAAUGGAAGAUCCAUAUAGUAUGCCUGGCCUGGCUGUUUGAGUCUGUGCAGAAUGGGUAUUGCAUGGAUGAGAAUAAGUUCAGGGUUGGAAAUAUGCACAAUGCAAAAACACCAGGCACAAAGAAAACUUCAGGUCAGCUGCCUUGUAUCACAGAUAUGAGUAACAUCACUAAUGUGUCAGUCACAUCCAACAUUGACGAAACUGCUGUGAUUACCACUAAUCAGACCAGAAUGUCUCAUUCCAAUAAAUCCCUAAUCAAGGAACCAGAAAGCAAGGAUCCUUUAGAUGACCUAGAUCUCUCUUCCAGAAUGGGAGAUGCAUUCUUAGAUGGCUGUAAGUUGUUUCUGAGUGGUUUCAAGAGUUCUCAGAUAGAGAAGCUACGCAGAAUCAUCAAUACAGGAGGUGGAACAAGAUUUAACCAGCUGAAUGAUAAUGUGUCCCAUGUUAUUGUUGGGGAGGCUGUUGAAGAACAUAUAAAGCAAAUCAUGGAGAUGAAAAGCAGGCCUCAUGUGGUGUCCUGUGACUGGCUGGUGCAGUGUUUUCAGCAGGGGAUCCGUGUGGAUGAAAACAAAUUCAGGUUUUCAUACCUGCCUCAUCUUGACCAAACAAGCCAAACAGUGUUAAGGUCAGGCUCCAGAACUCCAGCAGAGCUGGAAAAAACUGCUGCUACUGCUGUGCUGCAGGAAGAUGAAGAUAUGGACAACAUAAUUAGCCAGUAUCUCCCUCAACACAGUGAUAUGACAGAUGAGAGUGCACUGCUAAAAGUGAUUGAACAAGAGGAGGCUGAAAUGCAGCAAGAUCAAGGUCAAGGAGAAUUAGAUGAUGCAGAUAUGACUGAAAUUGAAGGUGAACAGGGAAUCUUCAACAAGAAAACAUUUGUGAUCCUUGGUUUUGACUUGGACCAGGUGGAAGCUCUAAGGGAGAUGAUAGAGGAGAAUAAAGGAGAACAUUUGGACGAUAUAUUGACAGAAUAUGACAUGAUUGAUAGUGAAAACGAGGUAAAAACAGGCAGUGUUCUGGCCAACACCAGCCGGGUUGUCCCAGACUUUGGGUUAGUGCCAAUAUUAGGCGUUCCAAUAGAGGUGACAGUUACAGAGAUUGUCACCAAUGCUUGGCUGCAAAUGUGUGUAGAAAACAGCCUAUAUCUUGACCCAGGCAGCAACCCUCUGUUCAGUCCCAUAGAAGUGAAGCCUGACUGCCGGCCACUGGAAGGCUGUGUGUUAUCUGUCAGCGGUUAUAGUGGUGUGGAGCGUGACUGCCUGAUGCAUCUGGCUGAAUUAUUGGGAGCCAAGACCCAGGAAUUUUUUGUGCGAAAAACCAGUAAGAAGCUUCUUGCCAGCACUCAUCUCCUGGUGCGAGAGGCUGAUGGCUCCAAGUAUCAGGCUGCCACCAAGUGGAACCUCCCUGCUGUAACUAGCCAAUGGAUAUUUGCCUGUGCUAGAAAUGGACAAAGAGUGCCAGAAGAAGAUUUCUUGGUAGACAAAGACAAGAUUAAUUUGGAGUUAUCUAAACCUUCUCAAAAAGAAAUUGAAAAGCAAGUCAUCAUCCAUAGGGAGAAAAGUGCAGCGAAGGUUGAAUCUUUUAAGAAGAAAACAAGUGAGACCAUGGAAAAGCAAGAAUUCCCUGUAACUGAUCCAAAAAAAUUGACAGACUCUGACAAAUAUGAUCUUAACAAAAAGAGUGAUACAUUUGUAAAUGGUUUAAAAGAUAAGCCAAAUGACAAAAAUGAAAAAAUAGAGUACAGUGGGCCUUUGGUUGAGCUAGGAGAAUGUACUUCAAGUGUAGAGACAGCUGGAAAACCUAAAACACCCAGACCAACUAACAGCAGACUCAUGGCUCUGAAGCAACCUAGAGCUGGCAGUGAAGCAACCCCAAAGAGGCAGUCUCUGCGGUUAAACACAGGCAUUGAUACACCAGGAAAAUUUCUGGCCCAGGGAAAAGAGUUCCAUCCAUCUUUUGACCUUCAGGAGUUUGAGCAAGCCCUCCACAGCCCUGCCAGUCAGUAUCAAAGCCCCAGGAGCAGAAGACAGAGCAGGCACAGAAAGGCCAGUCUGCCGAUAGAAGAGGUGUUUAGCCACCAUAUGUCUCAAGCCAUCAAGAACACAGCUGUCUGUACAAAUCCAAGUGAUGUGAUUGGUCAAAAAGAAGCAAAAGGAAUUGAUAAGAAGUUCCAGGAGCAGGCCAGUGGACCACUGUGCGGUGUCACUAUAGCUGUCAGUCGUAAACUCAGUAAUAAUCAGAGUGACUACAACAAUAUGGCUGCCUUGUUGGGGGCAGAUUACAGAUGGACUUAUGAUGAGACAUGCACCCAUUUCAUAUUCCAAGGACGAAAUAAUGACACAAGCAAAGAAUUUCGAGUAGCAAGAGAGCAAGGAAAGUGUAUAGUGUCCCCUUACUGGCUGCAAAUGUGUCAUGAGCAAAAGUCCAAAGUGGAAGAGACUCUGUUUCCACCAAACUAUAACCCUAAUUUGUCUUUGCAGACAGUAGUAUCUAAGAAAAUCACCCCAGUGCCAGCCACUCGGAGGUCCACCAGAGCAUCAGUUAGGUCCAGCAAUGCUGCUAGCCCUCCUCCAGCCCCAAGUAGUCCUCCAGCCCCAAACCCUCCGCCAGCCCCCAGCAUAGAAGAUGAUCAAGAGGGAGAGGAAACAGGCAAGGAUGGGUUUCAGAUAGAUACAACUCAGAGUGAUGAAGAGAUGGCUAUUGAUUGUGAAGGUUUUUUGGAUGAAAAGAAAAAAGACAGUGUAUCAUUGGAAAUGAAUGCAGCAUUAAGCAAACAGCUAGAGAACAUCAUGGCUGCCACCAAGGCGCAGAAGCAAUCCAGAAGAAGUAUGAAGAGGGCAAACUCCACAGCAGAGAACUUGAACAGUUCAGCAGAGGCUGUCUCUGACAGCAACAGAAGUAGACCUCCAUCCUCAAAGUCUUUUGUAAAAUCAGCAGAUGAGGAUGCCAACACUGCCUUAGACAAAAAAACAAGUUCUUCUGUAAAGGGUCCUACAAGCCACCCAGAGCCCUCCCAGAGUUUACAGGACCAAGUGGGCUGGGAUGAUCCAGUCAGCCGGUUGGAGCAAGAGAAGUUGGCUCGUGAGUUGCAGAGAGCUACUAGUCCUACCCAGCUCAGUGAAUCACUGAGCCCUGUGCUCAGACAAAAAGAGCAUAGAUACUCAUCUGAGGAGGACCAAGGAGAGAAAACAGAUGAAGAAAUAGUAUUCAAGGCACCCACAGACCUUAAGAAAGAAACAAGAACAAUAGCACUAGAAGCUCCAACUAUAGUGACCCCCAAGCCUGGGGAGCAGACACAGCCAGUGAAGAACAGCACACAGGCAGAUAAUGAGGCUGAUGACACAUUUUCUGAAAGAGAGGAUAAGGCUAAGGUGUUUAUGUUGUCUGGGAUGUCCCCUCAGAUUUUCAAGGAGCGUGAUCAUUAUGGAGCCCUGAUAGAGCUGCUAGGUGGUUGUCUGCUGGACUCACAGGUGUAUGACCCAAGAUGCACACAUCUUGUAGUAGGUACCCCUACUAGAAAUGAGAAGUAUCUUGCCUGUGUUUCUACUGGAAAGUGGGUGUUGCACAAGUCUUAUUUUGAGGCCUGCAAAACAGAGGGGAAGUUUUUAGAUGAAGCUGACCAUGAGUGGGGAGGUCCAGCCAUGGAUAGCCUGUUACACACCAUGAAGGAACAAGUUGUAAAACUUGGGAAGGCAGCUCAUCGAUGGAGACUUCACAUUGCUCAAACUAGAAUGCAUUGUAAAUGUGCUGGGGCAUUUGAAGGCUGGAAUGUGAUCAUCUGUACAGAGAUAAGUAAGGAAGGUGGAUUCAAGAGAUUACUUGAGGCUGGAGGUGCCAAGGUCAUAGCCACAAGGCCUCCAUUCAGCAAGCUGACAGAAGUAACCCAUGCCUUCAUGGACUUGGCAAAAAUCAAAUAUGAGGUCUUGUAAAGCUGGAGACGGAGUGCCAAAGAAAAGAAAGGGAUCGAGUUUGUCAACUCCAUCAAAAAGAGGACGACAUUCACCUUAAUCCAGUACAGUUGCAUGUCAAACAUGUUAAUUAUGGAGGUCCACCCAGGUGAUGGUCAGAGAUCAAUACUCAGAGAUAAAGACAUUCUUUAGACGUGGUAUGAGAAGACAAGACAAAACUUUGGUUUACCUAAGAUGUAAAGAUGCCUACAUUUAUGGAACACACUGAAGUUUAUUGGCUAAGCAUCGGACCUAGUACUGCUUCUCGUCAUAUUCUGGAGCAGUGGGAUGUAUGAGUUUAUCAAAAUUCUGACCAAGGAUGAGAACAAAGCAUCAAAACCCAUCAGCUACAAAUGAGCAACAGCUUAAACUACAUUGUAAUGCAGUCAUGUAGAUACUUGUUGCGAGCACUGCUAUGAAAAAUUGCAAACUGCAAGUACCUCACCUUCCUCUUGGGCACGUAUCUGUGAAAGAUUGUUGAGAGUGCAUAUAUUACUUCUGUACUGAUACACAAUAGGAAUUAUAGAAAUACAAAUAGUUUGUAAUGAUUCAAUUUGAUGCUUUUCAUCUACUUUUCUAAUUAUUAUAUUAAUUCAUAGAAAAUAGAUAUAUAAGUAACUCUGUAAAUAUUUGUUGAAUUAAUUUAAACUUUUAUCCAAUUUUUUACUAGAAAUCUCCAUUAGCUCUAAUGUGCAGUUCUUUGUAUCUUCUGCCAUACUGAAAAUAAUUUGGGGGGUAAAAAAAAAUAACCCAACAAUAAAUAAAAAAUGACACAUAGCCAAAUUAUUCUCAAUUUUUAUUAUGUUGCUUGCAAGAAGUAUUUUCAUGUUCAUGCAAAUAAAUUGUGGUUUAGGUUGUUAGGGUAUUAUGGAUCUUUUCAAUGGGCAAAAGAUAUCAAACUUUCAGAUACAUA